AUGGUGAAAUUAACAGAGGCUCAGGAACAAUACAUCAGGAACAAAUGGGACCAAUUGGAUAAGCAAAUGAUAACUGCCCAAGCCUUGGCAAGGGUAUUUGCAGUCUAUCCUUGGACAACCAGGCUGUUUAAAAAUUUCAAUGGCCAUUUUGCAGCCUGUGACCCUGGUGUUCAGAGUCAUGCAGGCAAAGUGCUAAAGGCUCUAAACACUGCAAUUAAAGAUUUGAACAGUAUUGAAACCAAUUUCUAUGAACUUAGCAGUAAACAUCAAAAAAUCGGAGUGGACACUCAAAACUUCAAGCUUCUCAGCCAGGCCUUCAUUGUUGAACUCGCUCUUCGUGAUAAAACGGCAUUCGGACCAGAGGAACAUGAAGCUGCCUACAAGUUUUUUAAACUGGUGACAGAAGCUCUCUCCAACAACUACCAUUAAAUCUAUAACC